AUGCCAAAUGGAACCUUUAUUAUCCCAUCGACCGGCGAACGAUCCCGCCGUCAAUUCACCCUACGAGGCUCGAGCAGCCUGUCAUUUGCGAGACACCGGAGCGAGAUUCGCGAGGCUGCCGUCGAGACGUUUGGCGAGCGAGCCAAGGCGGCAGCCCACAACACGAAAGACCGGGCUGUGGCGCUGGCCAAGUGGUUCGGUACGGAAGAGGGCCAUACCGUCCUCAAAUGCACAUUUGCAUACCUGCUGGGUAGCUGUGGUACCUUUGUGCCGCCGCUGUCCAAUUUCCUGGGCCACCGCGAUGGCAAGCACAUUUCCGCCACCAUCACCGUCUACUUCCACCCGGCACGCACCGUCGGGUCCAUGAUCGAGGCCGUCCUCACCGGCGUCUGCGCCGUCCUCUAUGCCGAGAUUGUCGCGUGGAUCUCCAUGGGUAUCGUGGCUUGGGGAAGGCACACCCUUGACAAUGUGCUGCCAGCGCACGCCCUCAUCCUCGUCUUCUGCAUCGGCGGCGGGCUGGGGUUUGUGGGUUGGGUCAAGCAGAGAUUGAACCGACCCCUCGUCAACGUCGCCACUACGCUGGCCUCCAUCUCCAUCAUCACCGUGGUCACAAAGGAGGAGUCGGUGCAGGACGGCUUCUUCUCCGCCGAGAAGCCCGUGCAGAUGCUGAAGCUUCUGAUUCUGGGCAUCGCUAGCAGUGCCGCCGUCAACCUUCUCGUCUGGCGCCACUCUGCUCGCCGAGAACUGCGCGAGGAUCUGGGCAAGGCCUCGUUGGCCCUCAGCGACCGACUCUCCUUCAUCACAAGGGGCUUCCUGGCCGGGAUUGAGGAGGAGGUCAACAGCCCCGAAUACUCGGCCGCCAUGUCCAGCUACGACAAGGCUUAUUCGCACAUGACCAAUACGCUCCACGAUGUCAAGAACGAGCACUACGUCUGCGGCCGCGAGAAGAUCUACGACCUCGACAAGAAGCUUGUAAAGGGUCUGGAGACGGUGUCCCAGGCCAUCGGCGGCCUGCGAAGCGCCCUGGAUACCCAGCUCGUCCUCCUGAAGGAAGCACCCCCGGCGACUCCCCAACCGUCGAGCCUGAGGGGGCCCUUGUCUCCUACGGCCGACGAUGUGCUGGGGGGCCUGGCCGUCAUCGCUGAAUCGGACGAACGAGCCGAUGGCACCAGGUCACCACCUCGCACGCCUCCACCCCAGUCGGACCUGGCGUUUGGGAGGGCUCCUCUGUUCCGCAGCCCUUCCGACAUCUUUACCUACUUCCUCGAUCUGCUCGGCCCGUCCAUGAAGUCGUUUGCCUUCACCCUCUCGGAGAUGCUGAGGGAGUCGUCGUUUGGCGAGGACCCCAUGAAGGACAUCAAUGUCAAUGACCAGCUGCGGGAGAGUCUUGGGGAAGCCCUCACCCUCUACAAGGAAUCGCGGGCCAAGGCUCUCCGUGAAUUCUAUCGCACCAUCGAGAUGGGACGGUCCAGGUCCCAGGCGAUCGAGGCCGACAUCGAGGAGGUGGCUGCCGCCUGCGGCCAUUUCUCCUCCAGCUUGCAGGCUGUCGCCGAGGAGCUGGGCGCCUACCUCGACACCCUCGACUAUCUCAAGUACAUGACGGAGAACAGCCGUCGCACCUGGCACUUCCUGAAGUUUUGGAGGAAGCUCUCGUGGCCGUUUGCCAAGAAGACCGGCGUCCAGCUGGGCGACCCGGAAGAGCACUUCACGCCGCCACCUCCACCAGCCGUCACCGGGCCCAGAAGGUCUGCUAUGCCCAAGGGCAUACCGGAUGAGAUGAUCCAGCGCAGGGACGUAUUCAACUGGGAAGCCUCCCCGCAAGCCAGCGCUAUCUUGCGGAGCGUGUCGCAAAAGGUCCUCCGUAUGGCGAGACAGGUGAUGCGCGAGGAUGUCCUCUUCGGCAUCAAGGUCGGCAUCGGCGCCAUCCUGUGGGCGCAGUUUGCCUUCAUCCCCAGCACCCGGCCCAUCUACCAGACCUGGCGAGGCGAGUGGGGUCUGCUGUCCUACAUGAUCGUCAACGGUAUGACGACGGGAGCUGCCAACACGACGGGUCUCUCGCGAUUCUACGGUACCAUCAUCGGCGGCGCGUGCGCCUGUCUGGCCUGGAUCGUGGGCCAGGAGAACCCCUUCCUGCUGGCCUUUUGCGGCUGGCUUAUGGCCCUGGGUAACUUUUACCUGAUUACCAUCAAGAACGCGCCCCUUGGCCGCAUGAGUCUGCUGGCCUACAAUGUCAUCGUCCUGUACGCCUACAGCAUCUCGCAGCAGGUCGACGAUGACGACGAUGACGAGGGCGGCACGAGUCCCCUGAUAUUCGACAUUGCCUUCCAUCGGCUGCUGUCGGUGACCCUGGGAAUCAUCUGGGGUAUCCUCGUUUGCCGAGUCUUGUGGCCUAUCUCGGCUCGCCGCAAGUUCCGCGAGGGUCUACCGGUUCUGUACCUCCAGCUGGGGCUCAUCUGGAAGAGAGGUCCCCUGGGAACCAAGCUGGCGAGCGAAGAGGUGGUAGACUAUAUGCGCGAGGGAGAGCAGAUGGCUCUCCAGAAAUACGUCUCCAAACUCGAGACACUCCGCGGUUCCGCGCAGGCCGAGUUUGAGCUCCGCGGGCCCUUCCCCUACGCGGCGUACGGCCGCAUUAUGCGAUCCACGCGACGCAUCCUCAACGGCUUCUACGCCAUGCGCGUCCUGACGCAGAAGCGCUCCUGCCUGUCAGAGGGCGAGCGCGCCAUUCUCGAGUUCACCAUCGACGAGCGGGCCCAGCUGUGCGAGCGCAUCUGCCACAUCUUCCAGGUCCUUGCCUCGUGCAUCAUGCUCGAGUACCCCUUGACUGACGCCAUCCCCACCGUCGACAGCAGCAAGGACCGCCUGCUCAACAAGAUCUACCAGUUCCGCAGGGAGCACACGUCCGUCAACCAGCUCAACGGGCUCAGCUCUCCCGAGGUCGGCGGCGGUGCCACGGCUCCUCCACGCGCUGCCGUGUACGACGAGGAGGACUACGCCCUCCUCUAUGCCUACACUCUCGUCACUGGUCAGGUCGCCGAGGAGCUGAAGAAGGUGCGCAGGGAGAUUGAGGAGCUAUUUGGUGUGUUGGGUGAGAACUCACUCUUGCUGCAGUAA